UCUUAAAAAAGAAAGAACAAUUAUAUAUAAUAAAAACAAAAAUAAAAAUACACUACUUUAGUAGUGAGGUUAAAGGAUAUGGGGAAUAUUAAGUUUUGGUUAUGGGUGAUUUUUAUGGUGGCUAUGGCCAAUCAGUGGCAGAGGAUUACUGGCUCCAGCACUGCGCGCCCGGACCGGUGUUGGGAUGAAGAGAGAAGUGCUUUGUUAGAGCUACAAGCAAACAUGAUGAGUUCAAAUGGUGGACAUUUAGGCCUUUGGGAAACCUAUAAUGAGAUUGGUUAUUCAGAUUGUUGUUCUUGGUAUUGGGUAAAAUGCAACUUAACAACAGGUUUUUUCUUUUUUCAAUCGAAUUUAUACCACUAGAUAGCAUGUCUAACGACAUUUUAUUGUAAGUACGAGCAAAGAGGGCUAGGCCUUACCUUACUAAUCCUGACUUAACAACAGAUCGAGUGGUCGAACUUGAUCUCAGAGAAGCAAGACUAGGAUCAGGAGUUGGUUGGAGUUUUAAUGCCACUCUAUUUCUUCCAUUCAAAUCACUACAAGUUCUUUUAUUGUCUGAAAAUUUUGUUGCAGGGUGGAACAAAAAUGAAAGCAAUCUAUCUUAUAUUCAAAAUUCAUUGAUUCGAUUAAUUCAGAUUUGAUCGUAGUUCAUAAGACCUUGAAUUUUCAUGUUCCACCUUGCAUUACGCCAACAGGUGACAGGUCCCACGACCAACUCUAGCUUAGUAGUUGAGUCACCUUCAAAAACAGAAUAGAUUAAAGAACGAGAAACUUUAGUGAAAUAAAAUAUCAUACGUAAGUAAACAAUAUCUAGUCUAGAAUCCAGAGAAGCUAAGGGGAAAAAAUCGAGUAGCUUGUUGACCGGUUGUCAUUGCACCCAAAUAGCUUGUUUGGUCAAGCAUCGAACAUUAAAGUAUUUUGAAAAGUGUUUUUUCAAGAAAAUACCUUUGGUGAGAAACAAUUUAUAUCUGGUGUUUCAAGAAAACACCGACCUCUGAUUGAUGGUUGAGGGAUAUAUAUCAUCCAUUCCACCACGUCCUUUAAUGGUUCUUUUUGCUUGAUCAUAAAUGCAUGACUAUUGAGCAUUGUAACACAUACUCUCUUCUCGUUCUUUCUUUCUUUAUGUAUAUAUAACAUGAUUAUUUUUUCCACUUGUGGUUUUGUUAUCCAGGGUUUGACAAACUGUCACAAUUGACUAACCUCAAAGUACUUGUUUUGGGGCUUAAUUAUCUUCCCUUUCCAAAUGUUUUAUCACCUUUGUGUUGGAUUUCAUCUCUAGAGGUUUUAAUACUUGCGAGCGGACAAAUGGGUUCAAUAGGAUUUCAUUCGUUGAAAAAUUACACUAUGCCUACAGAUGAAGGCAUAACAGAGAAAUGUCCUGGAUUGAGAUAUUUAAGGACACUAGUUUUGACAGGCUAUGGAAUCAAUGACAUCAGUCUCCUUUCUGCUUUGGGUCUUGGUACAGAUACUGGAUUGAGUAAUCUGGAGAAACUUGACUUGACUAGCAAUGGCUUCAAUUCCACCAUCUUUUCAUCUUUGAAGCAUUUUCCAUCUCUCAAGCAUUUAGAUCUCAAGAACAAUGAUAUAGUUGGAAAUAUUGAAAUGAGUUAUAUAAUUGCCUUGAGCAAUUUGAAUCUUAGGAUGAACAAUUUUGAGAGCUUUGUGACUACCAAAAGGUAGUAGAAGAAUGAGUUCUCUACGAAAUUUACAACUUGGAGAUUCAGAUUCAAACUCAACCAAAGUUGUAAAAUCCCUAAAAUCUUUCUCAUCGCUCAAAGGGCUUUGGUUUCUACACAGUGAUCUCUCAGCUUCUGCCACAGCUUAUGCAUUAAGAAAUAUGAGCACACUGGAGUACUUGAACUUGGAUGGAUCUUACUUAAAUGAGAAUUUUCUCUCAAGCAUUGGACAAAUGACUUCUCUUAAAGUGUUGAAUAUGGCUUUUGGUGGCAAUUAUGGCAUCCUCCCUA